UUAGUCUUCGUUUUUUUAACAAAAGCUUGUCAUCUUUGUCCUCCGUCGCCUACUCCGCCUCCACCACCUCCAGCGACAUGCAGCCCUGAUGGGUUAGAUCUGUUUUCUUCUGACUUCAUUAGUUUUAUGAGAAAGACUGUGUUUUUUGUGAUUCGAUUGCGUUUUGUUGUCAUUUUUAGCCGUUGAGAAAAUGCUGAAAAAAAAUGAUUUGGAGCUGCUACAGUGCUCGCUUGGUCAAGAGAGCUACUGUGGCAACUCUAAAAAAAAUUUGAAUUUUGGAGUUGUUGUUGGAGCUGGUGAUUUUUUGUGGGUUUGCUCUCCAAAAAUGGGUUUAAAGAGUCUGUUGGAGAUGCUCUACUAUUCGAGAUUCAUGGCGGUGUUGCGAUGAAGAUCGAUGAGAUUACGGUGGAGUGGAAAUUGGUUUUCCAGACGAUAAUUUGACGGGAAAAAUUGCAGAAUAAGAGGAAAUCGAGGAAGUGGAGAUGGGGUUUAGAAUUAAAGUUACUACAAGGAACCAAAACCCCUUGGCCUCCCUCAAAAUUUUCCCACUAUCCAAACACCAAACCUCUUCUCUAUCCACCUUCACAAUCCAAAACCAACAUGCCAAUCCAAACGGAGAAGCAAUUCCCGCCAAUUUUUCCCCUCAUUCACCCCAAAAAACCCUCUUGGUUCCCUCCAAUCAAAUGACCCAGGGAACCAAAACUAGCCAUUUUUCAAAACAAUCCACACCCUUUGCUCAGCCUGAUCUUAGUCACGUGAUUUAUUCAAAUAAAAUUAUCACCAACUAUAUUCGAGCUGGUGAUUUAGAUUCUGCUCUUAAAGUGUUUGAGAAUAUGACAAUUAGGACUACAGUCACUUGGAAUUCAAUCUUGGCCGGUUAUUCAAAAAAACCUGGUAAAAUGAAAGAAGCCUGUGAAGUGUUUGAUAGAAUUCCUGAACCAGACACUGUGUCAUACAAUAUAAUGUUAGCUUGUUAUUUGCAAAAUACUGAUCUAGAUACUGCACGGGUUUUCUUUGAUAAGAUGCCUGUUAAGGAUACUGCAUCUUGGAAUACAAUGAUAUCGGGCUUUGCUCAGAACGGGAAGAUGGGGGAGGCACGAAAGUUGUUUUUGGUGAUGCCGAUGAAAAAUAGUGUGUCGUGGAGUGCAGUGAUAUCAGGGUAUGUGGAAUGUGAGGAUUUGGAUUCUGCAGUGGAGUUGUUUGAGGUAGCACCAGAGAAGAGUGUGGUUGCAUGGACUGCCAUGAUUACUGGGUAUAUGAAGUUUGGGAAGAUUGGAUUGGCAGAGAAAAUGUUUCAAGAGAUGCCUGUGAAAAAUUUAGUGACAUGGAAUGCUAUGGUUGCAGGUUAUGUUGAGAACGAUUGUUCAGAGGAUGGUCUGAAGCUUUUUAGGAAAAUGGUGGGAGUUGGGAUUAGGCCAAACCCAUCAAGCUUGAGUAGCGCUUUAUUGGGUUGUAGCAAUCUAUCUGCAUUGCAUUUGGGCAAACAAAUUCAUCAGUUGGUUCUUAAGUCUCCAUUGUAUCAUGAUACAACAGCAGGAACUUCAUUGAUUAGCAUGUAUUGUAAAUGUGGAGGUUUGGAGGAUGCCAUGCGAUUGUUUCAUGAGAUUCCAAAAAAGGAUGUAGUCACUUGGAAUGCAAUGAUUUCUGGUUAUGCUCAACAUGGGGCAGGUGAAAGAGCUCUCCAUUUGUUUAAUAAGAUGAGGGAUGAGGGAAUGAAGCCAGAUUGGAUUACCUUUGUUGCAGUGUUAUUGGCUUGCAAUCAUGCAGGACUGGUAGAUCUUGGGCUUCAAUAUUUUGACUCAAUGGUAAGGGAUUAUGGAGUUGAAGCUAAGCCAGACCACUAUACAUGUAUGGUUGACCUUCUUGGUCGGGCAGGUAGGUUAGUUCAAGCUGUGGAUCUAAUAAAGAAAAUGACUUUCAAACCCCAUGCUGCCAUUUUUGGCACACUUUUGGGUGCUUGUAGGAUCCACAAGAAUCUAGAGCUUGCUGAGUAUGCUGCAAAGAGCUUGCUUGAUAUUGAUUCUGCCAGUGCAGCCGCGUAUGUUCAAUUGGCUAAUGUUUAUGCUGCCAAGAGCAGAUGGGACCAUGUUGCUAGAAUUCGACGAUUAAUGAAAGAAAAUAAUGUAGUGAAGAUGCCUGGGUAUAGUUGGAUUGAGAUAAAGAAUGUGGUUCAUGAGUUCAGGUCAGGUGAUAGGGUUCACCCAGAAUUGGCCUUUAUACAUGAGAAACUGAAAGAACUGGAGAAGAAAAUGAAGUUGGCAGGCUAUGUUCCAGAUCUUGAGUUUGCAUUACAUGAUGUGGGGGAAGAGCAGAAAGAGCAGCUUUUGUUAUGGCAUAGUGAAAAAUUGGCCAUUGCUUUUGGGCUCAUAAAAGUGCCAUCAGGGAAUCCAAUCCGAGUUUUUAAAAAUUUGAGGGUAUGUGGGGAUUGCCACUGCGCUAUCAAGUACAUAUCAGCAAUUGAAAGGAGGGAAAUCAUUGUUAGAGAUACUACAAGGUUCCAUCAUUUCAAAGAUGGGGUUUGCACUUGUGGUGAUUAUUGGUAAGCUUGCAAAAACUGAGGUUUCUUUGAAAGUUUUUCUCCAAGAAGAUCUUCUGGUGCAUGGGCUUUGCAGGAAGUUUAUAUAUAUCCGGCCUAAGACUUCCCCAUACAUGAAAUUGAUAGUUUUUCUUAGGGAAAGUCAAGCUCACCCCCAUAGGGGAGCUGGUGAGUCAAACUGAAGUUCACCCCUUUGCAGGAGAGCUGGACGGGCCAUUAGUGUUGACUAUUAGUUAUCUCUAUAUUAAAAUGAAAACCAAAAUUGGUUUAAUCCUCAAAGCUUGAUCCUUAAUAGAAAGUGUUGAUUAUGUGUUAUCUCUAUCGAAAUACUUGUUGUCUUUGAAUAAGUGCCUCAUCGCAUCUAAGGGAUGAAGACUAGAGUUAAAAUGUUAUGGAAGGAAAAGAUUUCUUUGAUGUUAUAUAGACUGGAUCAAUUUUUAUUGAAAAUCUGGAUUUAUUUUAGUUGUAUUCAAAUCAAACAAAAUUAAUAUAUGUGUGUCUAUAUAAUAUAGUUUCAUGGAA